UCCUUCUUCACCGAAAUCAUUGACAAGGUGAGGGAGAUCAUCAAGACCAACAGAUCAGCUGCACACGAAAAGUCAACAUGGCAGCCGACCUAUGUGGAGAAGGUACGAACUGGUCCGCGACAACAGCACUUCGCUGCAGUCCAGUCGGACAGUGGAGAUAACCCAGCAGCCACUCCAGCAGCAGGUGACGGAGAUCAGGUGGCUGCUGUCCAGCCGUGAAGCAACAACAAGUCCCGCAAUAAUGGGAAGGCGAAACCAGCAUCGCAGGCCGGAAAUGGAUAGCCUCCAUGGGUCAAGUUCGACUUGGCCGAGGCGGAGUACAAGGUUCGCGGCCGCUACGGCAGUUGCUAUUGGUGCAACAGCACCAAGCACAAGACCUCCCUCUGCCAGGAUCAGGGCAAGGAGGACCCCGCCUCAACUCGGGAAACUGAGUUCUGCGGAAGGUGAGGCGACUCCACCUUCUACUCCGCCAGAUUCGGCCGCCUGGCUAGCGGCCUCCUGCACAUCUGGGGAGGAUGCGAAUGUCGCAAGUCCUCGGUACACUAACGAGGAUUAUGCUGUCCACUUGGUUCCACCGCUGGACCAACCGCUCCACGUGCAACAAUCUACCACAUGCACGGUUUCAUCACCAUCGGCAACCGAUUUGGCAGCUUCGCUGCCAUCAAUCGUCGGGGAUUCAUCGUCGCGGUCAAGACUUGAAGUGCUCGACCCUCUGACGUUCACGGACUUCCAGAGGAUGCCCGUUCCCCCGAGCGGACGAUUGCCGAAACCGCAUUGCAAUGUGCUCAUGGCACAACUGCGGGAUUACUUGCACACUGCAGUACCAGCUCCGUUGAUGGACGUCGGAGUAGGGGUUGUCGACCUUCACGCUUACAUUGCGAAGAUCGACCGCGAGUUCAAGACGCAACGUGAGGCGGUGUCCUUUAUUAUUCUGGACACCAAGUUCGACAUGAUCUUGGGCAUGUCAUGGCUGCGAAGCGAGGAUCACCCGGUGAACUUCUUCCACCGCACCGUUCACAUUCGUGAUCGGAACGGAAUAUUAGUUUCAUGCACGGUACGUCUUCCUCAUCCUUCGAUCAGCUGCCACGUGGUAUCCGCCGCAAGCAUGCGAGCUUCCAUCAUCAGAGACGACAUCGAGGAGAUAGGGGUGUGUUUUCUCCACGCCCUCCCGCCCCAUGACACUUCAUCGACAGACUCACCUUCGGAUCCACGCAUCACUGAGCUUCUUGACACCUACUUCGACGUGUUCGAAGGCCCGCACGGAGUAGUACCGGAUCGACCCAUCCGCCACGAGAUCAUCCUCGAGGACGGGGCCGUACCUCCGCGCGGUUGCAUCUACCGAAUGAGCAAGGAAGAGUUAAGUGUGCUUCGGGCACAACUCGACGACCUUUUCGAGAAAGGUCGGAUUCGGCCUAGCUCAUCGCCACACGAUGCUCCUGUUCUCUUCGUCUGGAAGAAGAACAAGGAUCUGCGGUUAUGCAUCGAUUAUCGCAAGCUCAACGCCCAGAUGAUCAGAAACGCCGGCCCUUUCCCACGCAUCGACGAUCUUCUCGAGCGACUGGGCGGCGCCAAGUUCUUCUCCAAGCUCGAACUCAAGUCGGGAUAUCACCAACUCGAGAUUCGCAAGGAGGACCGUUACAAGACCGCGUUUAAGACGCGAUAUGGGCAUUUCGAAUGGCUGGUUAUGCCAUUUGGCCUUACGAAUGCCCUGGUUACUUUCCAAGCGGCUAUGACAACGGAGUUCCGACACAUGCUGGAUCGAUACGUACUUAUCUACCUCGAUGACAUCCUGGUGUACAGCCGGAGUUUGGAGGAGCAUGUGGAACACCUGCGCACCGUUUUGGAGUGGCUGCGACAAGCCAAGUACAAAGCCAGCGAUAAGUGCGAAUUCGCACGGCAGGAGCUGGAGUACUUGGGACACUAUGUGACGCCGCAAGGCAUCCGUCCGCUUGCGGACAAGAUCGAGGCCCUACGAGUAUGGCCCGAGCCCACCAACACCACGGACGUUCGUUCAUUCAUGGGGUUGGCGGGCUACUAUCAGCGAUUCAUCACCGGAUACUCCAGGAUUACUGGACCUAUGACGAGGUUACAGUCGCCAAAGGUGCCAUUCAUAUUUGAUGACGACGCACGCCAGUCAUUCCAAGCACUUAAGACGACUAUGCUCAUGGCACCCGUCCUUAGCAUCUAUGACCCCACCUUGCCGACGAGAGUGACUACGGAGGCUUCCGGCUAUGGCAUUGGGGCAGUCUUGGAACAGCACGAUGGCGAUGACUGGCACCCUGUGGAGUAUUUCAGCCACAAAGUGCCUCCCAUCAACUCGCUUGAUGAUGCAAGGAAGAAGGAGCUACUCGCGUUCGUCAUGGCUCUCAAGCGAUGGCAGCACUUCCUCCUUGGGCGUCGUAGGUUCACAUGGGUUACAGACAACAAUCCAUUGACUUACUUCAUCGACCAGUUUGACUUCACACAGAAACAUCUUCCCGGCCUCUCAAAUCGCGUAGCAGAUGCACUCUCGCGAAGACCUGAUCUUUGCGCUAUGACACAUCAUGCCUUCGCAUUCGAUGAGGAGCUUCAGCGACAUUUUAUCUGGGCAUAUGAGUCUGAUCCGGACUUCGCCACGCUGUAUGCACAACUAUCUUCGGAUCACCCGCCAGCCAGCCACUAUCGCAUUGCCGACGGGUACUUGCUCCUCCACUUGAGAGGCAAGGACUUACUACGUGUCCCACGCGACCGCCGUCUUCGGACUCGCCGACCAUUUCGGAGUCAAUCGCCGGCCAUUUCGGAGUCAACGGCACGAUUGCAUGGCUUCCACAGCGAUUCUGAUGGCCCGAUCUCAUUACCGAUGUCACUCAGUAUUGCGACUCUUGCGAAGUUUGCCGACGCAGCAAGCCCCGCAACCGCAAUCCCUACGGCGAAAGACAUAAUCAGCGACCGCGACACUCGCUUCAUGUCGGCAUUUUGGACUUCUCUCAUGCAGGAGUCCGGCACGAAGAUGAAGCCAAGUUCGGCUUGGCAUCCACAGAUGGACGGGCAAAUGGAGCGGGCACAUCAAACUGCUCAAAUGAUGCUUCGUACGCUCAUCCGUCCUGACCAGAAACAUUGGGUUGACCGCCUCCCCGACAUCGAGUUCGCCUAUAACACUUCGGUGCAUCCGGUGAUCGGCGUGACUCCAUUCGAGUUGCACCACGGUGGACGGAAAGGCCGGAUCUUCGCCGACCUUCUCCUCCCUCGACCAACCGACAUUGACGCUGCCUGCUCUCCCGCUUCCGUCCAGAAGUACAGGGAAUUGCUGACUCAAGCCCGCGCAAACAUGCAAAAGGCUCAAGUCCGCAUGCAGCAGCAAGCCAACAGGUGUCGCGUACCAUGUCCCAUCCACGCCGGUGAUCUGGUUUGGGUCUCCGCGGAAGAGUUUGCACUGGAGCAGGAUGUUUCACGCAAACUGCUUCCCAAGUGGUUUCGACCUUGGUCUGUGACAGCAGCCGCGGGCGAUGAGCCCGAUGGCCCUUCAUUUGUGAUCAACAUUCCAGAGCAUCUGACGGUCCAUCCGGUCUUCCACGCCUCGAAGCUGGCAACACACACGCCAGCCAAGAGCGACGACUUUCCGGGUCGACGAUCGCAGGACCCUCCUUCUAUGGAUGGUCAUCAGGAAGUUGACCGCGUCAUCACAGAUCGCAAGUACUGCAGCAAGCCGCGGCAGUACAAAGUCACAUUCAAAGCAUGCGAUCGCGACGACACUCGCCCAGCGAAGAGGAAGGAGGCGGCCAUAGCUGCAGAGCUCGCCCACAGAGUACCGGAGAAGGAGCCGCCAACAGGAGUAGUGCCGCGGCCAAUCCAACACAGGAUAGAGAUAGAGCCUGGCAGUAGGACUCCUAAGGGAGCAGUUUACAGGAUGUCCCCAAGGGAGUUACAGGAGCUGCACAAGCAGUUGGAUGAGCUCCUUAAGAAAGGUUGGAUUAGGCCCAGUUCGUCUCCUUUUGGAGCACCUGUUUUGUUCGUUCCCAAAAAGGAAGGAGAAUUGCGUAUGUGCAUAGACCAUAGGGGUCUGAAUGCGAUCACGGUAAAGAAUGUUGAGCCACUGCCCAGGAUAGACGAUCUCUUAGAUUGGGUGCAGGGUUGCAGAUAUUUUUCGAAGAUUGAUUUGAAGUCCGGAUAUCAUCAGGUAGAGGUCCAUCCUGAUAACCAGUACAAGACUGCUUUCCGGACUAGAUAUGGGCACUAUGAGUUCAUAGUGAUGCCCUUUGGACUGACCAAUGCGCCAGCUACAUUUCAGCGAUGUAUGAAUGAUUUGUUUAGGCCUUGGUUAGAUAGAUUCGUCGCAGUUUACUUAGAUGACAUCUUAGUGUUCAAUAGGACCUUCCAAGAGCACCGGGGUCAUUUGAGGCAGGUCUUGGAGAAGCUAAGAGAGGAUAACUUCAAAAUCAACGUGAAGAAGUGCGAGUGGGCUAGGGCACAAGUCCUGUACUUGGGCCACGCUUUGGACGGAGAUGGCAUUAAGCCUGAGGACAGUAAGAUAACGGUGAUUAGAGAUUGGCCGACGCCCCGCACGUUGACUGCGUUGCGGUCGUUCCUGGGCCUAGCUAAUUACUAUAGGAAGUUCGUGAGGAACGUCUCGACUAUCGCUGCUCACCUUCGCAGGUUGCUCAAGAAAGAGGCAAUCUGGCAGUGGGAUAAAGACAAUACGUCUGCGCUGAAGAAGUUAAAGCGCGCAUUGAUAGAGUAUCCUGUCCUCAAAGCAGCAGAUCCGUCUUUGCCAGUUGUCGUCACCACGGACGCGAGUCAGUAUGGAAUAGGCGCCGUGUUACAACAGGACGACGACAAUGGCUACAAACCCGUAGAGUUUAUGUCAGCCAGGAUGCCCUCAGAGAAGGUUGCUACCUCGACGUACGAGAGGGAACUCUACGCUCUCAGGCAGGCCUUAGAGCACUGGAAACAUUACCUGCUUGGGAGGCUCUUCAAAGUGUAUUCAAACCACGAGACUCUGAGGUGGCUGAAGACACAGGCCA